AUGAAGGAGACACACAAGUCACUGAAAGAGACAGAAGAGUCAAUGAAAGAGACAGAAGAGUCAAGGAAAGAGACAGAAGAGUCACUGAAAGAGACAGAAGAGUCACUGAAAGAGACAGAAGAGUCAAUGAAAGAGACAGAAGAGUCAGUGAGGAGCCAGACGAAAGAGUCAGUGAAAGAUACAGACGAGUCACUGAAUGAAACAGAAGAGUUAGUGAAAGAGACAGAAGAGUCACUGAAUGACACAGAAGAGUCAGUGAAAGAGACAGACCAGUCACUGAAUGAAACAGAAGAGUCACUGAAUGAGACAGAAGAGUCAAUGAAAGAGACAGAAGAGUCAGUGAGGAGACAGACGAACAGACGAGUCACUGAAAGAGACAGAAGAGUCAGUGAAAGAGACAGAAGAGUCACUGAAAGAGACAGAAGAGUCAGUGAAAAAGACAGAAGAGUCAGUGAGGAGACAGAUGGGUCACUGAAAGAGACAGACAGGUCACUGAAUGAGACAGAAAAGUCAGUGAAAGAGACAGACGGGUCACUGAAUGAAACAGACAAGUCCCUGAAUGAAACAGACGAGUCACUGAAUGAAACAGACAGGUCACUGAAUGAGACAGAAGAGUCCGUGAAAGGGAAAGAAGAGUCACUGAAAGAGACAGAUGAGUCACUGAAAGAGACAGACAGGUCACUGAAUGAGACAGAAGAGUCAGUGAAAGACAAAGAAGAAAGAGUUAGUGAGGAAACAGACGAGUCACUCAAUGAAACAGAAGAGUCAUUGGAAGAUACAGAAGAGUCACUGAAUGAGACAGAAGAGUCAAUGAAAGAGACAAACAAGUCACUUAAAGAGACAGACAAGUCACUGAAUGAAACAGAAGAGUAAGUGAAAGAGACAGAAGAGUCUGUGAGGAGACAGACGAGUCACUGAAGGAGACAGACGAGUCACUGAAAGAGACAGACGAGUCCGUGAGGAGACAGACGAGUCACUGAAAGAGACAGACAAGUCCGUGAGGAAACAGACAAGUCACUGAAGGAGACA